GUAAAAGAUGAAUGCUUUGGCUUUUUUGUCCUUAAUGUCAUGUCGGUAUUGAAUAUUAAACGUUCGCCAACCUUACAUUAGAUCAGACUCGAACAGUCCCGAAUCAUAACUUUCACUAUUGGCAAAGAGUAAACGAAUAAACUAGCUUUUGUGGUUUUUAUCUGAGACUCUGCAGGAUUAGCCUGCGGUGAAUAAUUGGCUUUUUCAUCAAAAAUGUGCUUAAUGAUAUAUGGUGAAUUGUCUUUCUUUCUACGAUAAGAACCAUACAAAUAGAAGUUAUGUUGGCACGAAUUCCUAAGUGCAAAUAUUUUUUGGUCCACAAAGAAAAAGGAGCCCAGUGAUAUUGAGGUUGGUUUAGAAUUUUAAAGCGAGGUAGGGUUUUUUUUAGUAUUGAGUAUUAUAGAGGAACUCUAAGGAAUGCUUCUAAGCUCAAAACUCCAAAUAUUGUUUUAUUUUUACUUUCUAAAACAUCUAGGCUGUUUUCGAACCAACACAUUACAACAUAUAGCAUGUUUAUAUAUUUUUUCUAUUUAUUAUUCUCUUAUUCAUUUACUUAUCAUCUAUGUGAUUGUCGAUGCAAAAAUGUUACAGUCAAUUCUUAUGAAGUGGACAACUUCGGGUAAAGCUAGGGCAUCUGUUAGUAGAACUGUCCGCUUACAAGGAAUAGCUCCCACAGGCGGAGAUUAAUAUAAUAAGAUGAUUUUCCGUUACUUGGGAAGUCAGUACAGAUGCCCGCUUGGCAAUUGGCUGUAUCAACAAUACUUCUCGACUUUUUCAUACCUUACUCGUAUUUAUUCGUAUAUCCGUAUUUAUCCAUCCUUCUAACCAUUAAUCCAUCGCCGUUUAUCUGUUUUACUAUCCGUUUAACUAUUAUGCCCGUUCUUCUAUCUUUUCUUUAGAAACAAAUAUAUAUGUUUUUUUCAUGAUAACCUUAUGAUUUCGCUCACGAUUAACUAUUAUCUAAGCAAUCAAAACGCUAUCUAUACUUUUUAAUCCAACCGCGUAAGAUAACUUUACAAUAAGAUAAUUCGAAUUAUUAUUUUUAAUAGCUUAGUGAUCGGACAUUGCACUGCUUAAGUGGCUUUGACAAGACUAAAUAAUUAGCUGUUAAGGAGACAACUAUGUAGUAUGUAUUAACUUCCCUGUGAAUAACAACACUAACCCCGAGAAAGCAAAAGUUUUUGCAAACAGCGCUUGCAUUAAAAAAAAUAACGUAACAGCGCUGGACGUGACGACUUGCAGUUGCAGCUGGAUUUUAAACAAAGCACGAAACCCACCCAAACCAAUGGCUUCUCUUAUCCGAUCCAUCUCAUUUUAUGGACUCGUCCGGUGUUUUAAUACACCAUGAUUUUAACCUAGAGUAAUAAUGAAACUCUUCUCCUGCUGUUUCAUCUAUUAUGUAUGGGGUCAUUUCUUGCCAAGGGCUCCCCAACACGACAUCGUUCAACUUAAAUUCAUGACAGUCCUGGGAAUGGUUGUGCCUUUAGUUUAAGAUGUUCUUGGGGGUUUAAUAGGCUCAGUACUUCUUUUCUCGUUUUGGAGUUUUCCCUUUUCGUGCAUUUAAACUCCCCACGGUGAUAAAAACCUCGAGUGUUUUCUGGAAUGGGAAAGAUAAGCAAAAUCAUAAAAUCGGCAAAGAUUACGGCGGUUUUUUGAAGAUAGGGUCUUGUGCGUUUUUGUAAUACCCGUUUGUUUAAACGGACAUCGCUGACAUUGUGUAUUUUCAUUAAUAUAGUGUCCAGAGUUAACCACAAACCCUUUUCAGGAUCUAAAAUCCCAUAUAGGGAUAUCAUGUGUCAGCCACAAUGAAUAUCCCUUGUUUUCGAUUUCAUGGCCCGAAAUAUAGGUGUCUCUCCUUCGUACUUUUAUUUUCCAACCUUCACCAUUUCAACUAAAUCCCGCUAAAGUGAUCUAUUGUGUCGUAGUGUAAGGGUGGAAAGGUCUUGUUUUAUUAUUUUGACUUAUUAUGCAUGUAAAUAUGGCGGAAUGACAUUCAAACGAUAAAAGAAUAAUCCUGAAGGACACGGGGUAAAGAGCACCUUCAUUGAAAGAGCGUGCCACUUUGUAAAACGCUACAGAAUAAAGGAGACAGAAAAAAAAGAGUAGAUCUUAAGCGAUAAUUGGAGGCUUUGCUAUGCAUACUCGAGCCUCGAGCAGAUGAAUAUAUUUUUGCACGAAGAAGAGACUGAGAAAGGAACCAAAGAGGUUAUGUCCUUGAAUCCAACAUCAACGUCACGGACACAAGCGAAGAUCCACCCAUGGACGAUCCGCCACGAUUCUUUGUUCAAGGCUAUCUGGGAUUGGCUAAUCCUCAUUCUCGUCAUGUACACUGCCAUAGAGAUCCCCUACACUGUAGUCUUUUCUCUGCCGUACCAAGUUAUCAAGGAGAACACGCCCAUUUGGUUCCUAUCAGAUGUCACUCCUCUCCACGUGUGCAACCUCUGGGUAGACCUCAUGUUCAUUGUGGAUAUAUUUAUAAACUUUCGUUCGACUUACGUCGCUCAAGAUAGCGAUGAGAUCAUUAGUAAUCCCAAGAACAUUGGUCUGCAUUAUCUCAAGACGUGGUUCGUGGUCGACUUCUUCGCUGCUAUUCCAUUUGAGUUUAUGAUCAACCCGACUAAAGAAGGGGCUGCCACCCUUAUGGGAUUGUUUAAAACUGCGCGGUUACUACGUCUUGUCCGCGUCGCGAGAAAGCUUGAUCGAUACUCAGAGUACGGUCUUGCUGUGGUCGUCCUUCUCACGUGCUUAUUCAUGCUUCUCGCUCAUUGGCUGGCUUGUAUAUGGCAUGCUAUUGGUCACCACGAGAUUCAUAACACCAAUGGCUGGAUAUGGCUUCUUGCAAUGGAAGGCAAAAAUGCGUUAAAAUACAAUGCUUCGGACCAUUCCACGUGGCCAAAUGUCAACUCGCGUUACGUUACAUCCCUGUACUUCACAUUAACAAGUCUCACGACUGUUGGGUUUGGAAACGUCUCGCCCAACACAAACGCCGAGAAGGCUUUCUCAGUGUGCGUCAUGCUUGUAGGAGCCCUGUUCUACGCUGCCAUAUUUGGUAACAUGACCGCCAUUAUUCAGAGGCUGUACUCACGAACCUCGAGGUUCCAUAGGGACCUGCGGGUCAUCGAGGAAUUCUCCAAGUUCAACAAGGUUCCUCCUUCCUUACGGGACGAUCUCGAGGAGUUCUUCAGACAUGAAUGGAUCUACACUAAAGGAGUUGACGUCGAUCAUGUGCUUAAGCGCUUUCCCGAAUGCCUCCAAGCCGAUGUUCGCCAUCACUUACACAAGAAACUGUUCAACGAAUGCAUGGCAUUUGCUAACGCAGAUGAUGGCUGCUUGCGAGCUCUCUCACUCAGAUUCACCAUACAGCACUUUCUUCCUGGACACUUUGUAGUGAAACAGGGCGACCAGAUCGACAGACUUCUCUUUCUCGUGAAAGGUUCAAUCGAAGUUAUUAAGGACAAGGAAACAUGCUUGGUUUUAGGUAAAGGGGACACAAUAAGCUGCGAUUAUAGUUCUAUCAAUAGCUCCUACAUCCCAAAGGCUAAUGCGAGCUUGCUCAUCCAAACGCAUUCGGAGAUCCAUUCGAUUACUUGGAGCGACUUGCUAAUCGUGCUAAAGGCGUACCCGACAUUCCAAGAGGACUUCCUUGACCACUUAGAGCUGGCUUACAACCUUGGCAACAUUGACGAGGAAAUAGGCGAGGACGCUUUUUUGCUCGACGAUCCUUCAAAACCACCAGUCAGAAGGCUUUCCAAUGCUCGGCAAAACCUUAAAUCGAACCCAGCGUCUGAUAUAUCUGUGCAUAAAUACAGUAACACAAAUGGUAGUCUACCCAAUCAGUUAUCUGGGUCUAUAAGACACUCGGAGGAUGGAACAAUACCAACAAAUGAAUCAAAUAGCGUGCCUACAACACCGUCAUUAGAUCUUACCCAAGAACAUCAUCUAAGAGAUCUUUACAGAAGAAUCGCGAAUAUCGAUAAGCGAAUGUCUAGUAUGGAAGAUCAGGUGUUUGAAAACUUUCAGAGACUUUUUGAGAUGUUAGAAAGACGAGAGGGGAAAGAUUGCAAGGGUGCCGACCGUGCCGCACCAAGGACCACAAACGUCUAGUAGGACAUUGAUCAAUUCAAUCUAUUAUAUAGUUAUAACUUAUGAAGGGCGUCUAGCUUCGUCUAACUGCAGAGCGCGUACUUGUAUCUCCGUACUAGAGAGAGUUAUGUCAACAGACCAGAACACGAGUCAUUUUGUUUACGAAACCGCUAUCUAUUCUUAUUCACAUUGUGAAAAUGAACAAACUUUUGAAAGUUUCAAUCUAUUAUUUAGUUAUAACUCAUAAAGGGCGUCUAACUUCGUCUAACUGCAGAGCGCGUUCUCGUAUCUCCGUACUGGAGAGGGCAAUGUCACGAGACCAAAACACGAGUCUUUUUGUUUACGAAACCGCUAUCUAUUCUUAUUCACAUUAUGAAGAUGAACACAAUUUGGAACCGUUUACUUAUCGGAUCCAUGUCAUCUAUUACCAGCACUCAAAAAGCUGACAGUUGAUGCACGUAUAGCUUUUUCUCACAUUUUAUCCAGCUUCACAUUGUUCGGGUUUUUUUGACCUCUUACAAUGUAGGCAACGCAAGUUGUAUUUCUUCCUUUUUCAUAAUCGAAAUGUCCAUCACGUGUUGUGAUACAUGGUGUUGUGUGGCGCUAUUCACUACAAUUCACUGAUAUGUGAUGUUUAGAUACAAUGAAGUGAUCCAUAGUUUUCUUCUCGAAUUCCGAAUUGUUGAGUAAUUUUUGGACCAAAGAAAACUAGCGGCAAAGUCCCUUUAAAGUUAGUUUCAUUAUAUAUAUAUAUAUAUAUAUAUAUAUAUAUUUAUUCAUUUAUUUAUUUAUAGAACGAAAUAUUUAAUUAAAUUAUUCAUGCCUUGAAAAUAUGAUGUAUAUACUUGUAUAGUAGCAACUAUAGAAAUUCGAAAUGCACGUGAAUAUAAAUAAUGUUUUGUUAAUAUAGACUUUUUGUAAUUUCAAGCUAUUAUUGUACGCAUAUUGUAAGCAUGAAGCGCAACUAGACCUAAUUACCUGGUUAAAUAGUCGAUCGCUGAUAAUCGACCCUAAAAAAUGCCUCUAUUUGUAUAAGAUUCAGAGGAAGAACUUACACAAUGUG